AGGGAAGUCACUAUAAAGCAACUCUUGCCUCUCCAAGCAGACCUCAUUUCUUCUCCUGCUGCCACCUAGUUAGCUCAUUCUCCCCCUCACUCUUUGCCUCAUUUUCCCCCUCCUAGCUUUCCUAGGUCUCGCCCUUCUCGUCAUGGCUCUCUGGAUCCGAUCACUGCCUCUCCUGGCCCUCCUUGCUCUUUCUGGCCCCCCUAUCAGCCAUGCUGCUGCCAACCAGCACCUCUGUGGCUCACACCUAGUGGAGGCCCUCUAUCUGGUGUGUGGAGAACGGGGCUUCUUCUACUCUCCCAAAGCCCGACGGGACCUCGAGCAGCCCCUAGUGAAUGGCCAUCUGCAGAAUUCAGUGGAAGAACUGCCAUUCCAACAGGAAUACCAGCAAGACAAGAGGGGAAUCGUUGAGCAAUGCUGCCAUAACACCUGCUCCCUGUACCAGCUGGAAAACUACUGCAAUUAGAGGAGACAAAUAUGGAGGGGAGUGUGUGUCUGUGUGUGUGAGAGAGAAAGGCACUUUCGGUAUUGCACCUUUAAAGCAAUUGAAUAAAAAUGCUGUGAAUCUA